UAUCCACAUGUAUUACAGUGCUUCCUAUUGGUAUUUUAGUCAAUGGAUAUGAAGUUCAAACAAAAGUUGACUGGGUACUGGCCAGUGCAAAGAACAUAGAAUUAUCUCUAUGGCAUAGAAUUAGAAAUGGCAUAGAAUUCUAUGGCAUAGAAUUAGAAAUGUAGAAUGAAUGAACCAGUGGCCUUUAGCACGCCAGUUACCUGGGAAACACCUUAAUGGCAAUUGUGAUGUCAGACAGAACUGGGUGAAACUUGCAUGUAGCUAAGAACAUAAAUGUUCCUAGGCAUGUAGGCCUAUCCACCUUUAUUUAGCCCCCUGAGGUCUCUUCAAACCAGGCAAGCUGGACAGCACCCUAGGUCUGUGUAUUUAGUGCAUCAAGAUGCACAUCUUCCGGACUGCCAUUCCCUUCAGGAGGUUCUACGCCGAGCAACCCGAAUUUAUUCCUCCGGAGCAUCGCAGAACCCCCCGACGGAGGAUGGGUGAUUGUCUUAUCAUCCAUCGUUCCUCUAUAAUGUCCUGGUACUGGGAUACCACAACCUCUUCGGAGUGUACCUCAUCAGUCUCCUCAAUGAGUUUGGGGAGACAAGUUCUAAAACAGGCAAAUUACACUAAGCUCACAUACCGUUAAUAACAUAACGUUUGUCAUCAGACUGAAACAAUUUCACAUUACACUGUAAACUCAACUGUUGUAACUUCACAUUACAACAACUAUUUUGUAUUUCAAAAGGGAUUGUGAGAUCAUAUGUGUAAAUGGUGAUACACCUGUAAUUAACAAGUAGUUACCAAACUGCACAAAUGACCUGCUGCUGUACCUACAUGUUAUACAUGGAAACCUGCUAGCUACCUAACCUUAAGACCCACUCUCUGCUGGCCUGUAGCAUGGGUUGGCUCCAUCAGCUACGGCUUCAUCAUGAUCUGUGUGCCCCUGUCUGGGAAGCUGACAGUCAGGUACGGGGCCAGAGAGUUCUCCAUUCUAGGAUCCCUCAUCAUCAUGAUCUCCAUAGUAUGCUCGUCAUAUGCACCCAAUCUAGGAACGCUGUUCUUCACACAUGGCUUCCUCAGUAGAGUGGGCUCCAGCUUUGCCUUCACCCCAGGUUGGUACAGGGGAGGGAGGAAAUUAGCUAGCAGUUAAUUACACUAUGGAUUCACUGACACUUCCAUCCAUAACUUUUCUAGUUCAUAUUGUAUCUUGUUAGAGGGUAAGCUACAUUGUUGUAUUCUCAAGGCCACGACAGCUAACACAUUAUCUCACCUCCAUCUCCCACCCCCUCCUGUGGAGCAGGUAUGAUCAUGGUGAGCCAGUACUUCAACUCCAAGCGUUCCCUGGCCACAGGGAUAGUGAUGUCAGGGAGAGCAGCAGGGGCCCUGGUCCAGACCCGGCUCCAUCUGUACCUAAAUGACACCCUGGGCUGGAGGCAGAGUCUCCGAGUGUUCUCAAGCCUCAUGAUUAUCUGUGUCAUCACUGGCUUCACCUAUCUGCCACUCAACCCCAAAGCCAAUGGACUGUGUCAAUUCGGAUUCUUCAUUCCAUAUGUCCACUUGGUGAAGCAUGCUGUUCAGCUGGGCAUCCCAGUCCACAGUGCCACUAACAUCAUACUGUUCCUGGGCUUGACUAGCAUGGUCAGCCGGAUCAUCUUUGGCAGGAUCUGUGAAUCAACAGGCUGUACUUCAACCAGGCCUCUGUCUUUGGUGUUGGUCUGCUGUACAUGUUGAUCCCACUUCUCAAAUCCUACGGCUCUCUGGUUGAUUUGGCUUGUUCCUGGGGAUUGCUGAUGCUGGCAACUACAUCCUACUCCCUGUCCUGACCUUUGACCUGAUGGAGCUGAGAAAAUGCCCAUGGCCCGGGGGUUCAUGCUCACGGUGAACGCUGUCAGCUGCUUGGGGCUGCCCUUCGCUGGUAGGAUGAAUGACAUGACAGGAAGCUACAACCUGGGCUUUGUGGUUGCGGGGGCAGUGAACGUGGCAGCCUGUUUUAUUCUGACCUUCACCCCCCUGGCCAAGCGCUCAACUAGACAGACAUGUAAGAGCAUCAUGAACGUCACC